GUUCUGUCGCUGCCGCUCAGACACACAGACAGACAGAAACGGGGACGGAGACAGACCCCCACCUGACGGACAGGGACGGAGACAGCUCCAGACGGACACACUGACAGGUGUCUCUCCUGCCGGCGUCUCGUCUCUUUGUGCGCAGCCGCGGCCGCUGAUGGAUCCAGCUGCUGUCACAGAAGACAAAGACCGAGGACAAACACGCUGACACGUUAUGAGAGGGGGCACGCGCCGUCGGACCGGAGGACAUGCGCUUAGGUAGCGCUGUGCUGAGGUGAGGCAGCCUGAGACUGGUGGUUACCAUGGCACCCAGGCCAUCAUCAGGGGAGUUAUGGGGACUUCAUCUGAUGCCCCCUAGGAUCCUGGUGGACUGCUGCCUCCCAAAUGGAAUGAUGGUGAGUCUGGAAUGCCUCAGAGAAACUCCCCUCAUCAGCAUCAAGCAGCAGCUCUUCACGGAGGCCAGGAAGUACCCGCUCUACCACCUGCUGCAGGAGGAGUCGUGCUACAUUUUUGUAGGCGUGACCCAGGAGGCAGAGAGGGAAGAGUUUUAUGAUGAGACACGGCGUCUGUGCGAUCUACGACUGUUUCACCCAAUCCUGAAGGUUAUCGAGCCGCUAGGAAACCGCGAAGAGAAGAUUCUGAACCGAGAGAUCGGCUUUGCCAUCGGGAUGCCGGUCUGUGAAUUUGAGAUGUUAAAGGACCCAGAGGUGCAGGACUUCCGUCGCUCCAUACUUGGUGUGUGCAGAGAGGCUGUGGAGGAGAGGGAGGGAGGCGGGGCCCACAGCCAGGCACUCUAUGUUUACCCCCCUAAUGUGGAGUCUAGCCCCCAUCUUCCACAGCACAUCUACAGCAAGCUUGACAAAGGUCGGUUGAUUGUAACCAUUUGGGUGAUUGUGUCUCCAUCUAACUCCAAGCAGAAGUACACACUGAAGGUGAGUCAUGACACUUUACCUGAGCAGCUGAUCGCCGAAUCCAUCAGAAAGAAGAGCCGAUCGAUGCACCUGUCCCCUCAGCAGCUCCGCCUCUGUGUGCAGGAAUACCAGGGCCAGUACAUCCUCAAGGUGUGUGGCUGUGAUGAGUACCUACUGGAGAAGUUUCCUCUCAGUCAGUAUAAGUACAUUCGCUCAUGUAUCAUUGUAGGACGUCUUCCUCACCUGAUGCUUGUGUCCAAAGACAGUCUCUACUCCCAGCUUCCUGCCUCUAGCUUUGUCGCACCUUCUUACAGUCGGAGGACGCCUCAGCCAUCUCCCUGUCCGGGUGGAGGUGACGGUUCUCCUCCUCGAUCCUUGUGGGCCUUUAACACKCUGUUGAGGGUCCGUCUGCUUUGUGCCACCUACGUCAACGUCAACAUCCGGGACAUCGACAAGAUCUAUGUGAGGACAGGUAUCUAUCAUGGAGGAGAGCCACUGUGUGAUAAUGUCAACACACAGAGAGUUCCCUGCUCCAAUCCCAGGUGGAACGAGUGGCUGACCUAUGACAUCUACCUGGCAGAUCUUCCUCGCUCAGCUAGACUCUGUCUGUCGAUCUGCUCUGUGAAGGGAAGGAAAGGAGCCAAGGAGGAGCAUUGUCCUUUAGCUUGGGGAAAUGUCAACCUGUUUGACUACAAAGACAUCCUAGUUUCUGGAAAGGUAGCUCUGAGUCUUUGGCCAGUUCCCCAUGGCCUUGAAGACUUGCUGAAUCCUAUUGGAGUGGCUGGUUCAAAUCCCAACAAGGAGACUCCCUGUGUGGAGCUGGAGUUUUCCUGGUUCAACCAGACUGUUCUGUUUCCUGACGAGCAGCAGAUUGAAGAGCAUGCCAACUGGACCAUCAGCAGAGAACUAGGCUACAACUACUGCCAUGGACUGACAUUACUGUAUAAACAUGCCAGAGUCUCUUCCUAAGCUUCUUCUUUCAGUCAAAUGGAACUCCAGAGACGAGGUCUCACAGAUGUACUGUUUGUUGAGGGAGUGGCCCCUGAUGGAACCAGAGUUGGCCCUGGAGUUACUGGACUGUAAYUUUCCUGAUCCGAUGGUCAGAGAGUUCGCUCUGCGCUGCUUGGUGCAAAGCCUGACAGAUGACAAGCUGUCACAGUACCUGCUGCAGCUCGUACAGGUUUUAAAGUAUGAGAUGUACCUGGACAACCCUCUUGCUCGAUUCCUCAUUAAGAAAGCUCUGACCAACCAGAGGAUAGGACACUUCUUUUUCUGGCACCUGAAGUCAGAGAUGCACAAUAACACGGUUUGCAGGCGGUUUGGUUUACUGCUGGAAGCUUUCUGCAGAGCCUGUGGCAUGUACCUGAAACACCUGAACAGACAAGUGGAGGCUAUGGAUAAACUGGUGAACCUAACAGACACGCUGAAGCAAGAGAAGAAGGAUGAGACACAGAAAACUCAGAUGAAGUUCCUGGUUGAACACAUGUCACGUCCAGAUUACAUGGACUCGCUGCAGGGAUUUGUCUCUCCUCUGAACCCAGUUCACCAGCUAGGAAACCUCAGGUUGGAGGAGUGUAGGAUCAUGUCUUCGGCAAAGCGCCCGCUGUGGCUGAACUGGGAAAACCCAGAUAUCAUGUCAGAGCUGCUUUUCACCAACAACGAGAUCAUCUUCAAAAACGGAGACGACCUGCGUCAGGACAUGCUGACACUGCAGAUCAUAAGGAUCAUGGAGAACAUCUGGCAAAAUCAGGGACUGGACCUACGCAUGUUGCCAUACGGCUGCCUGUCGAUCGGUGACUGUGUGGGUCUGAUCGAGGUGGUGAAGAACAGCUUCACCAUCAUGCAAAUUCAGUGUAAAGGAGGCCUGAAGGGGGCGCUGCAGUUCAACUCCAACACUCUGCAUCACUGGAUCAAAGACAAGAACCGCGGAGAAGCGUAUGACCGAGCAAUUGACCUGUUCACCAGGUCGUGUGCAGGAUACUGUGUUGCCACAUUCAUACUGGGAAUUGGAGAUCGACACAACUCAAACAUCAUGGUGAAAGAGAAUGGACAGCUGUUCCACAUUGACUUUGGUCACUUCUUGGACCACAAGAAGAAGAAGUUCGGGUACAAGAGAGAGCGUGUUCCCUUUGUCCUGACUCAGGACUUCCUCAUUGUCAUCAGUAAAGGAGUUCAGGAAUCCACCAAGACUAAAGAGUUUGAGAGGUUCCAGGAGAUGUGCUACAAAGCUUACCUGGCCAUCCGACAGCACGCCAGCCUUUUCAUCAACCUCUUCUCCCUCCUGCUGGGCUGUGGCAUGCCUGAACUGCAGAGUUUUGAUGACAUCGCUUACCUGAGGAAGACCUUGGCUUUAGAGAAGAGCCAGCAGGAGGCACUGGAGUAUUUCACCAAACAGAUGAACGACGCUCAUCAUGGAGGAUGGAGCACUAAGAUGGACUGGAUCUUCCACACCAUCAGACACAUGCCCAACGAGCACUGAUACACAACCACACACACCAUUAGAUACAGUACAGACCAAAAGUUUGGACACACCUCAUUCAAAGAGUUUUCUUUA